GUAUGUAGGGUUACAAUAGGGAGUAUGAACCAAGACAGUAUGUAGGGUAACAAUAGUUGGAUACGUGGGUGCACCAGAAUGGCGCGAUCCUCAGAGAAGCUGGUGGCUACGGCUUCGAUGCAACCUCCUCCUGAUCUCGACGGCCUCAGCUUCAGCUGGUUCCUCUUGGCAGCACGGCAGAAGGAAGCCUCAUGGGCCACAACCCUCUACAUAGUUUUCUUCCGGAGCUGGCAUAAAAUUGCGCCAUUCGUUGGCAAAUAUGGUACUGCUAAGAGGUAUGAGUGGGGUGGAAAGGUGUCCCCAGGUUUGCCGAAGUCGAAGACACUACCGAUGGCAAAUGGCAGUCAACGGCAAUAUUCGACAGCUGGUCUGCCGCAGCACUUGGAAUUGACGAUGCCUGCACUGUCGCCCACUAUGACAAUGGGCAAUGUGGUCAGCUGGAAAAAGAAGGAAGGAGAUCAGGUGUUGCCAGGAGACGUCAUGUGUGAAAUAGAGACCGAUAAGGCAACACUCGACAAUGAAUCACAGGAGGAAGGGUUUUUGGCAAAGAUUUUGAUACCUGCGGGUUCUCGGGAAGUCAAGGUUGGGUCAGUUUUAGCGAUCAUGGUAGAGAGCAAGGAAGAUGUUGCCAAGUUUGCAAAUUAUGCUGGGAGUGGAAAAGGUGCAGCUGCUGGAGCCGUAACACAAGCGACGGAACAGACCAAAUCAGAGAAGGCACCGUCUGCUAGUGGGGCAUCUUCUUCAUUGUCUCCUUCCAGCAAGAUGGGACCGUCUGUGAGGAAAAUGCUUGAGGAGCUGGGCCUGAACCUCUCACAGGUUGUGCCAACGGGCCCUCAAGGGAUCGUCACCAAGGGGGAUGUUAUUGCUGCUAUGGAGGCUGGGCGUGGUGGUAAGCCAGCAGUGGCGGCAAAGAAAGAAACAACGGUGACUGCUGCUCAGAUCAAGAAGGCGGCCACGCAGCCUAAGCCAGAAGUGCCGAAACCGACUCCAAAGCCUGCUACCUCCUCUUCAUCUUCAUCUUCAAAACCGCCUGUUUACAAACCUGUGAAACUCCCGCCGGCAGAUCCGAGCACGUAUGAAGACAUUCCAGUUUCACAAAUACGCAAGGUCAUUGCAACCAGGCUGGUGCAAUCCAAAUGGAGCGCCCCACACUUGUACAUUGAUACAGAUGUGAGGUUAGACUCGUUAAUGCGAUGGCGGAAGGAACUCAAAGCAGAUAGAGGGAUUGCUAUUUCUGUGAAUGACAUCAUCAUUCGGGCUUCUGCUCUGGCGCUCCGUCAGGUGCCGCAUGCAAAUGCUUCCUGGAAUGAGAAGAUGCAAGAAAUCAAACUCAACGAAUCUGUGGAUGUGUGUGUUGCUGUGGCUACGGAUAAGGGUUUGAUCACUCCUAUCAUACGCGAUGCGGAUAAGAAAUCUUUGUCGGCCAUAUCUGCGGAGGUGAAGGACCUAGCAGAGCGGGCACGUUUGGGAAAGCUCAAGCCUGCAGAGUUUCAGGGAGGCUCUUUUACAAUUUCCAACUUGGGAAUGUUCGCUGUCGACAACUUCAGUGCCAUCAUCAACCCACCACAGGCGUGCAUCCUGGCCAUCGGAAGGGGAGCUAAGACUGUUGUGUGGGACGAAUCUGCUGGAGGAGAAGGGAAGCCUGCUGUUGUUAUGAACAUGAGCACGAGGCUAUCAGCUGACCACAGAGUGUUCGACGCAGGAGUGGCAGGCGAAUUCCUUAAGGCAUUCAAGAUGAAUAUGGAGGACCCAAGCGGUAUGUUGGGAUAAGAAGAUGGUCCGACAACAGGCAGAUAGCCAAUAGCCAAUAGCCGUCAGAUCUGACGGACUAUCAGAUCUGUGAUUGUGUGGUAGAGCUGUGCGAGAUAGAGGGAGUAAGCGUUAAAAGCGUUGCUGCUGUCUGUCUAAUUAGAAGUGUUCGUGUCUGUAAUAAAACGCUCUGCAGGGGGGAGGCCGAAAAGAAAAAAAAAAGAAGAAAGAAAAAAAAAGUUUUGCAUGCAGUGCCAUGCACAGUAUUGUUUCCAGAGGGAGAGGGGAACGCAGAGUUGGCAAUAGGGCAGCUCGGUUUCAAAAAAAUUGACCGGGAAAAAAAAAAAAAAAAAAAAAAAAAGGUGAGGAAAUUUUCGAGUUCUAAAUAAAUAUAUGAUUCAUUU